GUUCUAACUCCUCAGUUCUGCUCUGAACCUUGAACCAUGCAGACCUCAGCGGUUGGUUUCCUUCUCCUGGUUCUACUAAACCAGGGGUAUACUCGUGAAUCCUAUACAGUUCUAGCACCUAGAUCUAUCCGUCCCAAUACUAACUAUUUCGCUGCAGUUUCUGUAGAUGGCACUGGAGGAGAUCUUCAGGAAGUCGAACUGAGAAUUAUCGGCAGAUCAAAAUCUGGACAAAAUAUCGAAAUUAGGGAGGCCAGCCGAGUUCCCCCUGGUGAAACCUCGCUUGUGAGGUUAAGUGUAGGAGAACUAGAGGACGGUGAUUAUACUUUAGAGGCCAUAGGAACCAAUCCAAUACAAUUUAAGGAUUCGACCCCCCUAGAGUUUAUGGGAAAAGGAUAUUCUGUUCUUGUUCAAACAGAUAAAUCUAUUUACAGGCCUGGAAAUACGGUACAAUUCAGAACUAUUAUUCUGUCACCACAACUUAAGCCCACAGUAACAGGAAGUAUAGAUGUGAGUUUGAGGGACGGAAGCGGAAGCCUGGUUCGAGAAUGGAAACGAGUUUUCACGACUAAGGGCGUGUAUGCAGAAAGUGUCGAGAUCUCAGAGAAACCUGUUUUAGGUAGCUGGAAUCUAACUGUAGAGGUAAAUGGACAGAUGUUCUCAAAAGAGUUUCUGGUAGCAGAAUACGUUCUACCAAAAUUCCAGGUAGAUAUUGACCUGCCACCCUCGGCUUCUUUCAAGGACAAGGUCACUGCAACUAUAAGGGCUAACUAUGCACUUGGUAGACCUGUUCAAGGAACAGCAACUGUUGCAGUUUAUCCAAGAUACAAGUCUGGUUACAUACAGCCUAUUUUUAACAAACCAUUGAGACAAACCAUGGAUAUCAGUGGAAAGGUGGACGUUGAAUUUGAACUAGCCAAGGACCUGGAACUGACUGAUGAUUAUACCCGUGAGAUAGUGUUUGAUGUAGUGGUAGAGGAGGAGAAAACAAAAAGGCGUCAAAAUAACACAAAUUCGAUAAUGCUUUACAAGUAUGCAUACAAGCUUGAGCUUAUUAAAACAGGAGACGCAUUUAAGCCUGGGAUGCCGUACACCUGCUAUCUAAAAAUAUCAACACAAGAUGGAAAACCGGUUUUCGAUGAUCUCAACAAAGUCUCCGUCAAGUCUGGAUUUGGAAGUGAUACAGAUAGCUACGCAGUCGUAGAUUAUCCUAUUCCUCAAGAUGGAAUUAUUAGACUAGCAUUCUUUAAUCCUAAAGAGAGUUCUGGACAAGUUUUGGGAAUCGAGGCAAAAUAUAGGGAUCAGAGCCAGUGGUUUAGUACUAUUCCUAAAGCAGUUUCAAACUCAAACAACUAUAUUCAGGGGCUACUGGCUACAGAUAGACCGCGUGUAAAUGAGAACGUGAAUAUUGCGAUAAUUUCAAGUGAACCAAUUGAUAGUUUCAGUUAUGUUGUACUUGGACGAGGAAACAUUCUGAAUGCUGGAACAAUAAGAAACCCAAUAAAUACGAAACAUGAGUUUGUACUUCCUGCGACCCGUGAUAUGAGUCCCAGAGCAAGAAUUGUUAUUUCCUAUAUCAGACAAGAUGGCGAAGUUGUUAGUGAUGCAAUGGAUUUUGAGGUCGAUGGAGCACUUUCUAAUAUUCUAGAGAUAAAUAUGGACAAAAAACAAGCUUUCCCAGGAACUACAGUUGAUAUUGAGCUCAGAGCCAAACCAAACUCGUUUGUCGGAAUUCUAGCAAUCGACAAGAGUGUGAGGUCCUUGCAGGCUGGUCAUGAUAUUGACCGGCGUGACCUGGUGAGGGAGGUGAAGAGCUACAAUGCUGGUCGUGACCCAACCUUCUAUCCCUGGGUGGAAACUAUAAAAAACCAACAGGGAUCCUUGUACUGGCAUACUGGUGCCGGCAGCAGUACAGAUGUGUACAGGGAAUCUGGACUUGUCAUCUUUACAAAUGGAUUCCUGACCCAAACCCCAAACAGUAUCCAGGAUAAUUUGACCGCGAAAAACCGAACAAUAAACCGUCCAAUUCUGCCACCAGGAGCCUCUAGUGUUCACCCAGAUCAAGGGCCAGGAGUAGCGUACGAGACUGGUACACGACCACCACUAGAAGGACCAUAUGCUUUCUCAAGACUUCCAAGGCCGGUGGACGAUCUUCCGAAAAUAUUUCUACGGAAUGAUCUUCCUCAAACCUGGUUGUUUACCAACGCAACAACAAACUCAGAAGGAAAUGCUCUGUUGACCGUUCCAGUUCCAGAUCUCACAAAUACAACAUGGGUUGUUUCAGGGUUCGCUGUAAACCAACUGGAUGGUAUAGGGGUAUCCGAACAUUUUUCUGAAUUGGAACUUUUCCAACCUUUUUAUGUUCUAGCUAACCUACCUUACAGUGUUAGAGUUGGGGAAACUUUAGCAGUUGAGAUGGUCGUCUUCAACUAUCUCAGUAAAGAAAUCUCAGCUGACGUAACCCUGGAGAAUCCCAACGGUUCGGAUUUUAAUUUUGGCGCCAAAACUCCAGAUUCAAACGAAAUCGAGGACCCAACUUUUAUUGAGCUGUAUAGAACAAAAACAAUAACGAUACGACCAGGUUCUCGCACUCCUGUUUCUUUCAUCAUAACUCCACAAAAAAUAGGUACUCUUGAACUCAAGAUUACUGCUAAAAGUUCAUUUGGACAGGAUAUUCUUAUAGAAAAACUUAGGGUUGAAGGGGAAGGCGAAGUUAUUUACAAAAACAAAGCACAGUUAGUGGAUUUAACUAAUAAAGGUGAGAUUGAGAUGAAUAUAACAGUGGAUAUUCCAAAAUAUGCAGUUCCUCAAACUGCAAAGGUUUUUGUUGCCGCUGUUCCAGAUCCUGUUGGUCCAGUGAUUAACAACAUAGAAAACCUGUUUACUCUUCCGACAGGUUGUGGAGAGCAAAAUCUAGCGAGCCUGGUUCCAAACCUUAUCCUCCUGGAUUAUCUAUCAGCUGUUGGACGGAUUACUCCGGAGAUAUUGAAGAAGAGUAAACACAUCAUGGAGUUAGGAUAUCAGAACCAACUGGAUUUUCUCCGAAAGGACGGAUCAUUUUCUCCUUUUGGAAAAUCUGAUGGAUUCGGGAGUGUUUGGUUAACCUCACAAACAGCCGGAGCUCUUCAAGGAGUAUCAGCCUAUAUAGAUGUAGACCCACAGGUUAUCCAUCGUAGUUUGUCCUGGUUGGUCAAACAACAGAAACCUGACGGAUCCUUCCAAGAAGAAGGACAAAUAUCACAUACUAUACAAUCCAACCCUGUUUCCUUGACUGCCUUUGCAGUAUUAGGAUUCCUGGAAAACAAGAGAAAUCUAACUUCAACAUUGAGGAACAGUAUGAACAAGGCUAUCGACUUUGUAGCUCUACGCUGGCAAGAUCUAAAGGAUCCCUAUGAGCUGAGUGUUGUAACAUAUGCCUUGCAUGUUGCUCAGCACCCUGCUAAGGACCAAGCUUGGCCUACUCUUCAAAGUCUGGAGAAGAGAGAGGAUGGAAAGACCUGGUGGGAAAGAGAACUACCUGAAGACUGGUCUAGGAACCCUUGGCAGAAGGAGCCUAACACAAUUAAUAUUGAGAUGACCGCCUAUGCUCUUCUCUGUUUGACAGAACGAAAGUCAAUUACUGAUGCUGUUCCAGUCACAAACUGGUUGUUCACACAACAAGCAUCAUCAGGAAGCUUUGCAUCAACUUCAGAUACUUAUGUAGCACUGAAGGCAUUAACCCAGUUCAGUAUAGGGUUCAGUAUUAAGGACAGGAAUACGGAUAUGAGCAUCCAGUAUGCUUACCUUGACAAUGUAAAGAGGUUUAAGGUCAGCUCUGAGAAUCCAACCACCAUGCAGAAGCGUAUUCUUCCCGAGGAGACAAGAGAAGUUAAACUCCGCGCCACUGGAAAUGGCCUGGCUGUGAUUGAAGUUGGAUAUCAGUAUAACCUCAAUGUUACCGGAGCCUGGCCAAGCUUUGUUGUAAACCCUCAAGUAACUAAAGUAUCAGACUCCCAUCACAUGCAGGUCACUGUGUGCACCCACUUUAUCCAGAACACCACAGUGUCCAGCAGCUUUAUGUCAGUCAUAGAGGUUUACCUACCCAGUGGGUUCACCGUCAACCAGGACUCUUUACCUGGACUCCGAAGGUACAAGGGAGUUAAACGCGUGGAAACUGACCGCAAAGACACCAAGAUUAUCAUCUACUUCAACUCUAUCGAGAAACGCGAAGUUUGUCCCACCAUUGAAGCGUUUAGAACACACCGGGUGGCCAAUCAAAGACCCGCUCCAAUUAUUGUUUACGAUUACUAUGAUCAGACAAAGCGAGCUAGAUCCUUCUAUGACGUGGUACCAUCAACUAUCUGUGAUAUAUGUGAGGGGGAUGACUGUCCUACAGGAGGAUGUGUAUCUAGACCCAGGUUCCCGAAUUAUGGUAGUUAUGCGUUCAAUGAAGCAUUCUACUCUCAAGAAAGCAGCGGAACCAAUAACAGACUGAACCUAAUACUACUCUUAGUCGUUAUCCUAUCUUUGAAGUGCUAACCCUACUCAUAAACAUAAACCAAAUAUCCCCCGGCCCCUCUUCAUAGACAUAAUAUUUUUUCUUCAAUGCCUAACUUUUUAAGAGAAUUUAAAGUUAGCGUGAUGGGCAUUUUUGUGAAUAUUAUUAUUUGUAUAAGAUUUAUGUUCUAGCUGUCGAUACUAACACUUUUAACCUAUACAGAUACAGAAGUAGCAGAGGCACUAGGAUUCUUAUUUUUGGAAAAUACUUUUAUGAAAAUUGAAGAUUAAGAAGCAUGUUUUUAAAAUCGAAAUUUUUUUAUUUUUAUUUUUAGAAACGAUUAAGAUUUCGCAAUUUCAAGAUUAUUUUCAUCUGAAAUGAAAUCCUUAAAAAAAGCAGAAAGAACAUAUUUAUUUUUAAAAAAUAAAUAAGGAAAAUGAAUUUUUUUUAAAUUUUAAAAAUUAAAACGAAUCAUAAAAAUGAUUUAUCAGUUUUCUGACAGAUAACGAUUUUUAAUAUUCAGAAUUUCCCGUACAUAUAUUUGAAUCUUGGUGUGUACAUACUGUACAUUCUUUACACUUUGUAAUUCACGUAGACUGUACAGUGUACACUGUACCUCCAGUUAAAGAAUUUAGGCUGUGCUAACUGUUCAAUAAACUAAUAAAAUAAAAGUUUAUACAAAGUUUA